GCAACAUCCAUCUUCACCAUCGCCAUCUUGAAAACCCUCGCAAAUUCUCCCAACGCCCUUGCGAUUGCCUGUCCGCUGCAUCCUUACUGGCGGGUCAGAUCUCUGCGGUGGUGAAACUCAUUUCUCACUCCUCAUAUUUGUGCGAGGCGAUCAGCCUCCUUCAUCCUCACAGCUUCACAUCAUGGCGCCCUCAUCGGAGCCCAUGUACAAGAAAGACGAGAAAGCGCUUUGCUUCCACCAUGAGCUUUUGUAUGAAGCGAAAGUGUUGGACUCGAAGCUAGAGGAUCCAGAUGACAAGCGUAGUGCCUAUCUUUACAAGGUGCACUACAAAGGCUGGAAGAACACGUGGGAUGACUGGGUUCCGGAAGAUCGUCUUCGAAAGCUCUCUCCAGAAAACAAAGAGCUCGCGCACAACUUGCGGCAUGAUAUGCUACAAGCUCAGCGUAAUCAGCGUAGUGUGCCAGCAUCCAGCAAGAAGAAGACGCAGAGCUCGACUCGUGGGAGCGAGGAGCGACAGACAUCCGUCGCGGCAGGUCCCAGAGGACAGAAGAGGGGUAGAGACUAUGAGAUCGAAAAGGAGGAAUCGUUCCAAAGUCGCCUGGCCGUACGAAUCUACACACCGGACAGGCUCAAGAGCUUGUUGGUUGAUGACUGGGAAAAUGUUACCAAGAACCAGCAGCUAGUUCACCUUCCAUCGAAAAAGCCGGCAUCGCUUAUUCUCGACGAGUAUUUCGAGUACGAGAAGGCUAGAAGGCGAGCGGGAAGUGCUGAAUACGACAUCCUCGAGGAAGUCGUCCAAGGAUUAAAAGAGUACUUCAAUAAGAGUCUGGGUAGGAUCCUCCUUUACCGCUUUGAGCGGCAGCAGUUCUUCGAGAUUCACGAGCGGAUGGAGACUUCCGACGACACCUUGUCAGGGCAGCAGAUUGUGGACAUAUAUGGAGGAGAGCAUCUUCUCAGACUGUUUGUGUCAAUGCCGGAGCUAAUUGCGCAAACAAACAUGGACCACCAAUCGGUCAAUCGCCUUCGGGAGGAGCUCAGCAACAUGCUGAACUGGCUCUCGAAAGACGCGAAUGUGAACACGUUUUUCACGGCCACUUACGAGAGUCCCGGACAGGAGUACGCCGACAAGAACCGUGGGGCCCACUAAGGAGAUGACAUGCAGAAGGUGGAACCACAGAACGUGAUCGAUGUCCGAGUCGAUUUGGCUUAACCGAUGGACUGGCUGCUUUACUUCUCCGAGCACUUUUUAGUGGUUUUAUUGAUCCUAUCUCAAAACUUGGAUGGCGUGCGUGGAUGGCUUAAGGAGUACUCUGACCAGCCUGCGCGCGGCAACUCUUCACAUUGCAUUUUGCUUGCUGAGAAGAACACAGCACGGAACGGACAGGAUGGCUGGACGCUGGUCAUGCUUAAGUUCGGAGUACAUUGGCAGUCAUUCGGGGUUCUUCGGUGAAACCAAGUUACGGGCUUUACAGUUGCCCCGAAAGGAACGUUGUAAUUUUAGAAG